AUGGAAUGUAGAAAGUAUUUCGAGAUUAAUCCUGAGAAUUAUCCUCUGAUAGAUCACUGCUAUGACGUAGUAAUAGUGGGAGCGGGAGGCGCAGGAUUAAGAGCGGCUUUUGGUCUCGGUAAAAAAGGAUAUCGAGUGGCAGUGAUAUCAAAGCUCUUUCCGACCAGGUCGCACACCGUGGCAGCCCAGGGUGGUAUAAAUGCUGCUAUCACCGACGAAAAAGACGACAAUUGGCUCUAUCACAUGUAUGACACUGUGAAAGGAUCCGAUUGGCUGGGUGAUCAGGACGCUAUACAUUUUCUCACGAGAGAAGCGCCUCGAGCGAUUUACGAGCUUGAAAAUUAUGGUUGCCCUUUCAGUCGUACGGAAAACGGUAAGAUCUAUCAGCGAGCUUUCGGCGGUCAGUCCUUGAAAUUUGGCAAGGGCGGACAAGCUCGUCGAACUUGCGCCGUCGCUGAUCGAACCGGCCACGCAGUGCUUCAUACUCUUUAUGGACAAAGUCUUCGCUACGAUGUGCACUAUUUCGUCGAAUAUUUCGCUCUCGAUCUGCUCAUGCACGGCCGAUGCUGCAAGGGAAUCCUGGCAUAUGAAUUAGAAACCGGUCUUCUGCAUCGAUUCCGAGCCCAUCAUACAAUGAUGGCAACAGGCGGUGCCGGAAGAUGUUACUUUUCUUGCACCGCGGCUCAUGCCUGCACCGGCGAUGGCAUGGCAAUCGCCUGUCGAGCGGGAUUGCCGCUUCAGGACAUGGAAUUUAUUCAAUUUCAUCCGACUGGUAUUUACGGCAGUGGUAUAUUAAUAACUGAAGGAAGCAGAGGAGAAGGUGGCAGGCUCGUCAACUCCAAAGGAGAAUUCUUUAUGGAUAAGUACGCGCCCAAAGCCAAGGAUCUAGCUUCGCGCGAUGUCGUGUCGAGAGCAAUGACCAUCGAAAUAUUGGAGGGAAGAGGCGUCGGGGAGAAUAAAGAUCACAUCUAUUUGCAAUUGAAUCACCUGCCGGUCGAACUGAUACGCGAGAGGCUACCCGGAAUCUCGCAUCUUGCCUGGGUAUUCGCCGGAGUGGACGUGACUAAGCAACCUAUCCCCGUGAUACCCACGAUGCAUUACAAUAUGGGUGGUAUACCCACAAAUUGGCGAGCGCAAGUGUUAACACGAGAAAAUGAGGAUGACAGACCGAUUGAAGGUCUCUGGGCAGCCGGCGAGACCGCAUGUGCGUCGGUUCACGGUGCUAAUCGUUUGGGUGCUAAUAGUCUCCUGGAAAUUGUGGUCUUCGGCAAAGCCAUCGCCGAUCAAAUCGACUGCAUUACCAGACCUGGUGAACGUCACGAAGAUCUGUCGCCAGACAUUAGCGAGCAGUCGAUUUGUCGUUUUGAUGCGACUCGUUAUGCGAAAGGUUGCGUUCCUGUGGCCGAGCUACGCGAAGAAAUGCAACGCACAAUGCACAAGUAUUGCUCGGUAUUCAGGACUUGCGACAUUCUGCAACGCGGAUGCAGGGAGAUAACUCGUCUCUACACUUGUGACCUACCAGACUUAUGUGUACAAGAUCAAUCCCUCAUUUGGAACACAGAGCUCGUCGAGGCCUUGGAAUUACAAAAUAUGAUGCUCUGUUGCAUGCAUACUGUGUACGGGGCCGAAAAUCGAAAGGAGUCAAGAGGUUCCCACGCCAGAGAAGACUUCAAGGAUAGAAUCGACGAGUAUGAUUACACAAAACCGCUCGAGGGACAAAAGAAACGACCUUACACGGAACAUUGGCGUAAGCAUACACUUACGUGGGCUCAGGAUGAUGGGUUGAUAUGCAUCUCUUAUCGACCUGUUAUCGAUACGACACUAGAUGAAAGCGAAGCUCAACACGUGCCGCCUGCAGUUCGCGCAUAUUGAUUCGAUAAAUGAUUAAUUGCGAGUAUCCUUGUAACUGAAAUGUAACGGAAACGACGUGAUUAAAAAUCGCGUCGGUUAUUGCGUUACGAAACCAAAUGAAACGAUAACCAGUCGGCUAUUGUUAAUUUCAUAUUCAACAUAAAACAUCAGACAACGGAAAAAAUUGCCGCGGAAUUCAUCAAAAAUUUCUUCCCAGAUAUUAUGUAUUAAUUCUCAACUAUCUACUCAGUAAGUACAAUUGUUCUUAAAUUUAAUCAAAUUUAUUAUCAAUCCGUUAAUAUUGCUAUAUCAAUUAGCUAUCUUGAUAUAUGAGCAUCUUAAAUUUCUUGAUGACUUUACACGCGACAGAUGUGAAUGAUGACUCAUUGGUGAGAAUAAUUAAUAUACGUUUGGCUUAUGUUAAUUAGAAACUUUCAAUGAGGAAGGUUAAUAAAAAAUAGUGUCGCAUUGUAGAAGAUAGCUUUUGAAAAACAUUUCUUUAACUUGCACUUCUCAAAGACUGAUAGAGAAAUUAUAUAAGCAAUGACGAAACUGCAAUUUUUUAUGCGAUUUUUUUAUGCGACAUAAAAUGUAUUUCAAAGAUUUAGCAAUGUUGUUGCAACUUAGUUUCGUAAGAGAUAAUUCUUAAUCGCACCUUUGCUGAUAGCGCGACGACAACACCGCGAUGAUAAAUGUUUAAUAAAUCUCACUGAAGAACUCUUGCUAAUCUUUAUUCUAUUCUUGAGUAUAUAUGUGGUA